ACAUACACACACAUUAGGAAGAGGAGUGGGGCUUUUCUCGGAUCCGGAUGAGGGUUGCCGACCCACGCACAAAUGGACCCGAGGACUAUUUAACGCCAAACAUACAGACGCUCAAGGCUAAGCCACGACGGCUAUGCUAUUGCACUCUGCUGUGAGAAGUGCUACCUUGUGGACGCAGUCAAGGAGCACAUCCACUCCUCUAUCCCAAUCUCCCGCCACACACUCUCCCCAUACUCGCCCUCCACCUGUUCCAGCCACGCACAGAAUGGCUUUUCCUUAGAAGCAGCCCUCCCUUUGAGCUCAUAAACAUUCUGAUCACUUACCAUGCAGAUUGGGACUUUUUGAAGAACGAACAGGGCCAGAGGUGCAGGUGUGAGGCCUGAGGCGUGGAAGAAAAGGCAAUAAAAACAGGAAAAUAUGCUCACCAAAGGGAUUAUAUGUCUCCAGAAAUGUAAAGUUUUACAUUUUGAGCAUCAAACUGUAUUUGUACGUACAAUCUCGUAAAAAUACAAGACUUUUUUUCUGCAAGUCUCCAGUAGUUGACAUUCACUCACCGGUCUCAUGAUGAUGUGCGAAGUGAUGCCCACCAUUUCUGAGGAUGGGCGAAGCGGCACGUCAGGGGGCUCCCCCUCUCCUGCCGGGACUGGGGUGGGAGGCCCCGGCGGUGCCACGGGAGGCGGCGGAGGAGGAGGAGGCUUUGGCGGGAGGGAUAUCCGAGGCGGGGGAGACGAAGGAGGCAGCACGGGGAAUCUGGAGUCUCUGAUGGUCAACAUGCUGACGGAGCGGGAGAGGCUGCUAGAGAACCUGAGGGAGACGCAGGAGAGUCUGGGAACGGCGCAGCUACGCCUACGAGAGCUCAGCCACGAGAAGGAGUCCCUUCAGAGGCAACUCUCCAUUGCCCUGCCACAGGAGUUUGCUGUGUUGACGAAAGAGCUCAACGUUUGCCGGGAGCAGCUUCUGGAGAGGGAGGAGGAGAUUGCUGAGCUCAAGGCGGAGAGAAACAACACACGUUUGUUGCUGGAGCACCUGGAGUGUCUGGUGUCCCGUCACGAGCGCAGUCUGAGGAUGACGGUGGUCAAGAGGCAAGCCCAGUCACCGGCGGGAGUGUCCAGUGAGGUGGAAGUCCUCAAGGCCCUCAAGUCUCUCUUUGAGCACCACAAAGCUCUGGAUGAGAAGGUUCGAGAGCGUCUGCGAGUGGCCCUCGAGAGGGUGUCCAUGUUGGAGGAUCAACUAGCAGCGUCUUCUCAAGAGGUAAUCUCUUUAAGAGACCAAAUUAAAAGGCGUCAACAAGGGGUGGACGGCGGGAAAGAUCGACUACCCAACGGUCCCGCCUCUGGCCUGGAGGACAGCGAGCUGGAAAGACAGCGGGAAGUAGAAAUAGAGCGUCAGCGAGCCGAACUCUCCCAGCUAAGAGAGAGGCUGGCCCUCAUGUGCCGGCAGGUUGGCGAAAUAGAGGAACAGCUUGCGUCCGCCAGGAGGGAGGUGACAAAGUCGGAGGAGGCCAAUCAGAAGCUCCAACGGGAAGUGAAAGAGGCCCUUUGCCAAAGAGAGGACAUGGAGGAACGGAUUACAACACUAGAACGCAGGUACCUCAGCGCUCAAAGGGAAGCUACUUCCCUCCAUGAUAUCAAGGACAAGCUCGAAAACGAUCUGGCCAGCAAGGAGUCCCUCCAUAGGCAGAGUGAAGAGAAAAACAGGCAACUGCAGGAGCGUUUGGAUGAAGCCAAGCAGAAGCUCCAGCAAACCUUGCAACGAGCUGAGACGCUGCCUGAGAUCGAAGCGCAGCUCGCACAAAGGGUUGCUGCUCUCAACAAGGCAGAAGAGCGCCAUGGUAACUUUGAGGAGCGACUACGGCAAAUGGAAGCUCAGCUUGAAGAGAAGAACCAAGAGCUACAGAGGGCGAGGCAGAGGGAAAAAAUGAAUGACGAACACAACAAACGACUCUCAGAUACCGUCGACAAACUUCUGUCCGAGUCCAACGAGAGACUUCAGCUGCAUCUUAAAGAGAGGAUGGCAGCACUGGAAGAAAAGAAUGCUCUCUCUGAAGAACUGGCCAAUAUGAAAAAAAUCCAGGAUGACCUUCUUGCUAACAAGGAGCAGCUCAUCGCUGAGCUGGAACGGAUCCAACUUGAGCUGGACCAGCUGAGGGGCAGGCCUGGCUCAUCUUAUUCCAGAUCUCUCCCAGGGAGCGCCUCAGAGCUGCGGUACCCGCAGGGCGGCGGCUCCCUCCCGGCUGGCUACAGCAGCUCCUCCGGUGGGGUGGUGGUCAGGCGGAGUCACCGUGGCCGCUGGGGCCAAGCUCGGGACGACUGUAACAAGUACGGUGAAUGGGAUAGUGGCACUAUGAUGGGUCCAGGGUUUGAGGGCGUGGAGGGAGUCUGCUCUGAUGACGAAGAUGACAGGGAGACUCUAUUUGGGUCAGAGCUGCUAUCGCCUAGCGGGCAGACAGACGUACAGACUUUAGCUAUUAUGCUACAGGAGCAACUGGAGGCCAUCAACAAGGAGAUUAAACUCAUCCAGGAGGAAAAGGAGAGCACAGAAUUGAGGGCGGAAGAGAUUGAGAGUCGGGUUAGCAGCGUGGCACUGGACGCACCCACAAUUCCGUCCUCUUCACUGGGAGGCCGAGACAGUGUUGGUCGGGGAUACAUGACCCCCUCCAUCACCUCCUCUACAUUGGCGUCUCCCUCACCCCCCAGUUCUGGCCACUCCACCCCCCGCCUGCCACAUUCUCCUGCAAGGGAGAAUGAGAGACAGAACAGCAAAGAUGGUGAAGAGUGUCGAGCGCUAGCCUUGAUCGAUUCCAACCCUCCCGCUGUCCCUCGAGCCCUCCGACUUGACCGGAUGACACACACUCACCCAGGAGCGGGCCUCGAUGACCACAGGGAAUUUCGCAGUCUGUCUGCUGACGGGGCCAUCACCGCGAGCCAGGAUUCCCUCCACAAAGCUAGCAAAAAGAAAAGCAUUAAGUCCUCCAUUGGCCGUCUCUUUGGAAAAAAGGAAAAGGGGAGGAUCGGUGCACCUGGACGCGAGUCUACCUCUUUGGCCUCGACUCCUUCAGAUGACUUGGGCCCAGCAGACCCACUGGGCCUGGCUAAACUUGGGACCGGAACAGUAGAAAAAGACCGUCGAAGCAAAAAGAAGCAUGACCUACUCGAGGAGGCCUGUCGUCAGGGUCUGCCUUUUGCCUCAUGGGAUGGUCCAACGGUUGUUACAUGGCUUGAGUUGUGGGUAGGAAUGCCGGCAUGGUACGUGGCAGCAUGCCGCGCCAACGUGAAGAGCGGCGCCAUUAUGGCCAACCUUUCGGACACGGAGAUCCAGCGAGAGAUUGGCAUAAGCAACCCUCUGCACAGGCUCAAACUCCGACUAGCCAUCCAGGAAAUGGUUUCCCUCACCAGCCCGUCAGCGCCGGCAAGCACACGCUCUUCAACCAGUAAUAUCUGGAUGACACAUGCUGAGAUGGAGUCACUCGCUGCUGCCACUAAACCAGAGCAGAAAGAGUUCAGCUGGGAUCAGAUCCUGGCUUACGGUGAUAUGAACCACGAGUGGGUGGGAAAUGAGUGGCUGCCCAGUCUGGGUUUGCCCCAGUAUCGCUCUUACUUCAUGGAGUCACUGGUGGACGCCCGAAUGCUCGAUCACCUCACCAAGAAAGAGCUGAGGGGCCAGCUGAAGAUGGUGGACAGUUUCCACAGGGUGAGUCUUCACUAUGGCAUCAUGUGCUUGAAGCGCUUGAACUAUGACAGGAAGGAGCUGGAGAGGAGGAGAGAGGAUAGUCAACAUCAGAACCAAGGUGAUGACAACUUCCUGCUGAUUGUACACACCGCAGGUGUCAGUUUCAACUUUGUCCACGUGUCCCUCUCCUCAGAUGUGAUGGUGUGGUCCAACGAGCGUGUGAUGUGUUGGGUGCAGUCCAUCGGUCUCAAAGAGUUUGCAGACAACCUGUUAGAGAGCGGAGUUCACGGGGCCCUGCUGGCUCUCGACGACACCUUUGACUACACUGACUUGGCUCUUCUUCUCCAGAUACCCAAUCAGAACACGCAGGCGAGACAGCUCUUGGAAAAGGAGUACAAUGCUCUCAUCUCCAUGGGAACAGAGAGGAGGCCAGAUGAGGACGGCAUCAAAACGUUCACACGCUCGCCCUCGUGGAGGAAGAUGUUCCGGGAGAAAGACCUUCGCGGCGUGACCUCCGACUCUUCGGAAACGUUACCGGCCAACUUCCGUGCCUCUGCGAUCUCUACCCCGUCUGUCACCCUGAGGAAAGUCCAAAGUGAAGUGAAUUCGGGUCAAAGAGGAGAGUCGGCAUCAGUGAGAACAUAUUCUUGCUAAGACAAAAGCACAUGAGACCUCUACCACCAUCCUGACCUGAGGAAAAAGACGCAAAUGACCCAAGGAAAACAAGCGCAAAAGCCAGGAAGUGACCUCAUGCACUCUGAGUGCAUGAGGUCAAAAGAUAUUAUAAUGAAUGGAUGCCUUUUGAGUCAUCUCGCUGUCUUUAUCUCUCAAACCAUUGUUGUGGCAUGAUGCUGUUUGAUUCCGUACAAAGUGACCAACGCCUAUCGUAAAAUCAACUUCCGUUUUUGAGUGUGCUACGGCCAUACUGACACAUUGAAUUUACAGUUUUGGGUGGGGGAAUUCACUCCUGUUCAGAACAAUAAAUACUCCAAUUCUUUCAGGUGAACUGGAUGCUUUUGAUAGGUAAUAACCAACUCUUAGUAAAAUCACAGUUCAGGACGUUUUUUUUGUGGUAACAUGUUCUGAAGCCAUAAAAUAUAAGCGAGAUGCACAAAUGUGAACAGGACAAACAAUGGAACAAUAAGCAAAGUGCUUUAUGACCCUUUGAAACGGGAACAUAAGAGAUAACACAUUUGUGUUCAUAUGCAUGCCAAAAUCAACCAUUUUAGAGUGAACGUCAGUCAUCUAAUGAUGUGGAAGCUUGGGAAUAAGAACUUUGUAAAAUGUGUGCAUUUUAUUUUUAUCAUUUUUUUUAUGAUAAUUGCUAUUGUAUGUAUGUACAGUAUGUAUGCGUGUAAACUAUCUGUUCAUUUCAUACUUAGUUUUAAGAUGGAUGGUCAUUUCAUUUGAAGCUAAACAAAAAGAAAUGUGUUUUAAAUGAUGGACAGUCAAGAUAUGCUACUUGUAUGUGUACAUUUUGGAAAAACAAAUUGUCUUAUGGGUUAAGUUGAUAUUAUUGGAGAGUAGUGAAUUGAAUAUAAUAUGAUAACAAUAAUGAUCAUGAUUGUAAAAGCUGUAAUUAA